UAACCAAUAUCUCUCCAGGAUGGAUCCCAUUGUUGUAGACCUGACACCAGAGAACCCAGUGUUCGAAAUGCCAAGCGCAUGUAUGUCCUGUUUCAGUGAAGGUAUGACCCGUCUCAUGCUCACUAAAAUACCAUACUUCAAAGAGAUCAUCAUAAGUUCGUUCUCUUGUGAGCAUUGUCACAAUUUUAACAGUUCAGUCCAGCCGGCGUCUUCUCUUGCAGAAAAAGGAGUCAAGUACACUCUCACUGUUACAAAUAUAAAGGAACUAAACAGACAGGUCAUAAAGUCAGAGUUUGCUACCAUCACCGUACCGGAGAUAGACCUGGAGAUCCCACGAGAAGCACAGAAGGGGUCGUCCAGUACGGUAGAGGGUUUCUUGACCAAGACCAGGGAUGGACUUUUAGACAAGCAACCAGAACGGAAGGAAAUUUGCCCUGAAUUAGCCGAACAAAUCGACAAGUUUUGUAGUCGUUUAGACGAUCUGCUGCUUGUUGAAAAACAAUUUACUUUCAUUCUCGAGGAUCCGACCGGGAACAGUUUUAUCGAGAACCCUAACGCUCCAAAACCAGAUCCUCAUCUAAAAAUGGAGCAUUACAUUCGCUCAAAAGACGAUGAGGAUGUACUUGGGAUCACAGAAAUGAAGGAAAAUGCCCAGGAGGAAAACGAAGAGGAAAACGAAGAGGAAAAAUCACAAGUAGUGCAAAAUGAAGAAUCUGAAGUUAUCACAUUCGAGGCCAUGUGUAAUGCCUGUGGAAAAGAAGCAGUUUGCAACAUGAAGGAAGUCCAGAUACCAUUUUUCAAGAAGAUUCUUCUAAUGGCUAACGUUUGUGACCACUGUGGUUACAGAGAUUCAGAAGUAAAGAGUGCAGGUGGAAUCUCUGAAAAGGGGCAGAGAAUAACUUUAAAGAUGACAGACUCAGACAUGGAUCUAGAUCGGGACAUCCUUAAAUCAGAAACUGCCACUGUCAACAUUCCGGAGCUAGAGGUUGAGUUAACGUGUGGUUCGUUGGGCGGCAGGUUCACUACAAUUGAGGGUUUACUCCACCAAAUUAAAGACCAACUAGAGUCCAUUAAUCCAUUUUCUUUUGGAGACAGCAAAACUCCAAGUGACAAAAAAUCUGGUGGCGCGAUGUCCAGUGUUAUCCAAGGAAUCCAGGAUAUCAUCGACCACAAAAUACUUGUUGAGCUGAUCGUUAAGGAUCCAGCUGGAAACAGCUACAUUCAAAACGUUUAUGCACCGGAUGAAGACCCCAAUUUGACGGUGGAGGAGUUUGAAAGAACAGCAGAAGAUAAUGAUGAUCUCGGGAUAUCGGAUAUGAAGACAGAGGGAUAUGAGGACGAUACGAGCUGACAGGGUGUUUCCUUUUUUAAAGUUUUUAGGUAUUUGUUGGAUUCACGAUGCUUUCACCGUAUAUUUUGGAUACAAAAUAACCUGUUUGCUAAAAAAUUAACGUAAUUUUUGAAGAUAUUUGUCUUUUUUUUAAUCGUUAAUUGGUUUGGUUUCUUUUAAAAGUUAAUUGAUUGUCAAGGCAGAGCUUCGUCAUCGCUACUGAA